CUCUCGACAAGCAAACAGGAGAGGCAAAGCGCGAUAACACUGCGUGCCGGCGGCUACAGUGCUCCAUCCACGCACAGCGCUCGGCCACACUCGCACAGCUCGCGUAUAAAGCGACGCACACAAAAGAAACGACGAGCAACCGCGCGCAUUCCGAGAGACAGGCAGGGCAACCAUGUGCACCCGCCUGCAGUUCGAGGGCUCCAACGAGAUCGGAGUUGUAAGUAUGCUGACGAACGGCUACGCGCUGGCGUGCCAGGGCAACAGCGAGAACUUCUACAGCGUCCUAGAGAGCGAGUUAGGAGACCAUAUUCCCGUCGUCCACGCGUCGAUUGCGGGGUGUCGGUUCGUCGGGAGGGUCACGGUGGGCAACCGACGAGGUCUGCUGGUGCCGAACAUGUGCGGCGACCAGGAGCUGCAGCACCUUCGUAAUGCAUUACCUGAUAGCGUCGUGGUGCAGCGCGUCGACGAGCGGUUGUCAGCACUGGGCAACUGCAUCGCAUGCAAUGAUCACGUCGCUUUAGUACAUACGGAUCUCGACCGAGAAACGGAGGAGAUCGUCGCCGACGUGUUGGGGGUGGAAGUCUUUCGACAGACGAUCGCGGGAAAUGCCUUAGUAGGAAGCUAUUGUCGGUUCACGAACCAGGGCGGCGUCGUCCAUCCGCGGACGUCUGUGGAUGAUUUGGAGGAACUCGCUUCACUACUCCAGGUGCCCCUCAUCGCGGGGACCGUGAACCGCGGGUCGGAUGUCCUAGGCGCCGGCCUCAUCGCGAACGACUGGGCGGCCUUCUGCGGCGCGGAUACGACCUCUACCGAAAUCAACGUCAUCGAGAACGUCCUCAAGCUCCACGACGACGACAGCGACGACGGCGCGCCGAAGGCGGCGCGGAUGCGGGACGCGCUCAUCGACACGAUUGUGUAAGUUCGUACAACAAA